CCCGGCUUGUAGAGGAUCUCGGGCCAUGGCGGCGUCCGUGGACCCGCGGCGGUUGUACCGGCUGGUGCACGAAGGCCAGCUGUGCGCCCUGCGGGAGGAGCUGCGGGCAGCAGGCCGCGCCGACUGCGCGGGGCCGGCUGGGGACACCCUCCUGCACUGCGCCGCGCGCCACGGCCACCUGGACGUCCUGACCUAUCUGGUCGAGGCUUGGGACAUGGACAUCGAAGCCACCAACCGAGACUACAAGCGGCCGCUGCACGAGGCGGCCUCCAUGGGCCACCGGGACUGCGUGCGAUACCUGCUGGGCCGGGGAGCAGCGGUCGACUGCCUGAAGAAGGCCGACUGGACUCCUCUGAUGAUGGCUUGCACCAGGAGGAACCUCGAGGUGGUCCAGGACCUCGUGGAGCACGGCGCCAAUCCGCUCCUGAAGAACAAAGACGGCUGGAACAGUUUCCACAUCGCCAGCCGGGAGGGCGACCCUCGGAUCCUCCAGUACCUGCUCACCGUUUGCCCGGCUGCCUGGAAGACAGAGAGCAAGGUCGGGAGAACCCCGCUGCACACGGCAGCAAUGCACGGCUGUUUAGAGGCAGUAAAGUUGCUUCUUCAGAGGUGCCAGUACGAAGCGGACUGCAGAGACAAGUGUGGCCUCACACCCUUCAUGGACGCGAUUCAGUGUGGCCACCUCGGCGUGGCCAGGCUGCUCCUCGAAAAACACAAGGCUCAAGUUUCCUCGGAGGACUCCCUGGGGGCCCAGGCUCUGCACCGGGCAGCGGUCACUGGGCAGGAUGAAGCCAUCCGAUUCUUGGUCUCUGAGCUUGGUGUUGACGUAGAUGUGAGGGCGACCUCCGCCUGCUCGUCAGCUCUUCACUACGCAGCCAAGGAAGGACACGUGAGCACCGUGCAGACGCUCUUAUCCUUGGGUGCUGACCUCAACGCCAAGGAUGCACGAGAUAGAUCAGCCCUGCACCUGGCCUGCGCCGGUCAGCACGCGGCCUGCGUCGCCUUCCUGCUGCGCUCCGGCCUUGGGGACUCUCGGGACGCGGCGGGCGCCCUGGCGCAGCAGCUCACGCAGAGCGAGGACGUCCUUCGGUGCUUCGGCGGCAGCGCGACGGCGUGAGGGCGGCCGUUCCUGGCGGAGGACAGAGGAGCCCGCCUCGCUCCUGCCUGCUGCUCGGUCCCUGGCCGCGUUCCCCGUCCCCGCUGAGCGGGCGGCGUCCUGGCUGUAGGACUGCGCCAGGCACAGCGACAUGCCCGUGAUCUGUUUCGCUUGCUCCGCCUUCAGGGGGAGUCAGAUGGUGUUGGUGACGCCUGGUGUCCGGCGUCCUCGGAGAAGCACGUGCGCGGAGAGAAUCAAUACCGGGUUUGUGCAUUCACGUGUGUGAGGCCAUGUGUAGGAAACAGGGCGCGGAGGGGGCGGUCUUUAGAAUGGGGCCGAGUGCUCUUGCCUUGAGCCCUCAAACAGAAUGGGCCUGGCCGCUUUCUUCUUUCGUGGGCAGCUCAUGGGCCUUUACCACGGUUCAACUUUUGAUUUCAAAGCCGGGAAGGAAAUAUUUAAGCUCCGUUUACAGAGACUUACACAGAAUGAGUGAAAAUGUUUCUUUAGUCUGAUCGAUAAUAUUUUCAUUUUGAGAUUAUAUUUUGAAUAAAGCUCCACAUUGGCUGCCUCUGGGUAAUAAAUGCCUCUAAACACGCA